CGGCGUUUAGUUUCGGUACAUAGGUAUGCUUCUAAACCAUCAACUAACAAUCAACUAUCAUUAUGUAAAAGUCAGGAAACAUUUGAUCCACAACUUCUAGCAUUACAUAGAAUACAUAAAGUCGUUGCUGCAUGGGUAACAGAGAAGAUACACAUGUUAUAUUAUCAUCGGCCGUCGAAACGGAAGAUCCUUGCGCUCUUUAAAAGUUCCCGCGUUGACGAUCACCCCGUAGUGUAUUUAAUACCGGGAAAAAAGGGGAGAAAUGAUAUCUCUCUAUAUGCGACAAGAUUCCAGACAAAUAUGUGGAGAAGAUUGCGUGUACGCCGAAACAUUAUCAUACUAAUACAUAGAAUAUGACCCUUCUUCCUACCAUUCUCUGGCCGUUAACCUCGACUGAUUAAUAAGAUCCCCCUUAAUAUUUAAUGGCCGGUAGGCUUACCCAGAAGAUCCUAGGCCACCUAGGCCCCCUCCUAAGCGGCGACCCCAAUAACAAUAACAACAAUACGGCAUCUUCACCCAUCCCCAUCCACUGGAAAGUCGACGCUAAUGAGACUAUCCUACACCCCACAGGCGGGACCUACCCUCGCCUAUGCCGGCUCUCAGACGGUCAUCUACUAUGCCUAACAACGGGAUUCCAAGGCCCCGGCCGUCGCGAGCACGUCCUCCAAGUCUCGCGCAGCGUGGAUGGCGGACGCACCUUCAGACCGCAUGGAGAAGUAACCCGCGGCGUAGGUGAUAUUGAUAACGGCUUCUUAAUUGAGGUGCCGUCUUCGGCCGCUCCCGGGAGCAGUGGCCCGGUUGUUCUCGCCGCGUUCCGGAACCACGACCGCAAGCCCGGUAGCCGGCCCUCGCAUUUCCGCAUCACGGUAUGCCGCAGCGAAGACGGCGGGCGUUCAUGGCGCUUCGCGUCCCAGGCCGCAGAGCAGAGCGCAUCCAGCAGUAACGGCUUAGGCUUAUGGGAGCCGUUCAUGCGCAUUGGCGGCCGGGACGGGCAGGAAAUCCAACUUACGUUUUCGCGCGAGCUAGCGCACAACGACCAGGAGACCUUCCGCGUAGAUUCUAGAGAUGGAGGUUUGACUUGGAGCCGCCCGCCUCGGUGUCUGCGCUGCCACCCGUCGCACGAGAACCUGCGCGACGGCAUGCAGGGCAUCGUAAGCGUGCGCGACACGGCGGGCGUGGCGGCAAGUGGACAGCAGCAGGACGUCGAUGCGCUAGUCGUAGUGUUCGAGACCACGAGGCACGGCACGUUUAGCGUCGAGUACGCCGUCUCGUACGAUGAAGGACUCACGUGGGGAUCGAGAGGCGUGGUAUACCGCCCCAAGCCCGGGCGCAAUGCGGGUGCGCCGCAGAUCGAGCGCUACGGAGAUCGAGGAAUGGCUGUCGUGUUUAUGACGGACGAGGAGGCGGAUGUGCCAGCGUGGCCUGGAAAGGCCGCUAUUAAAACAGUAUUCGCCGAGGGUUUAGAAGGAGGUAUGAUACGUUGGAGCCAGCCCGUGUUUAUCCACAAGGCGCCUUCUUUCUGGCCCUCCAUCAUUAGUCUUGGCCAAGAGGAGCUUCUGGCUGUCUACGAGCAUGGAGGAAGACCUCUUGGGAAACGCAUACACAAGGGCUAAUGGGGCGGUUAGGGCGUGUCAUGGUAAAAGAUAAAUUGUUUUGUUUCUCUGCUCCUUUACUACGGUCGUCAUUACCAACUCACUGUAGCUUAUUUUCCUGGACGGGCAAUCCAUUCAGUCAGAUAAGAGGCAGUCAAGCUAGUGUACUUUUCUGCCAGUAACUUACAGGG